ACGCCGAAGAGGAGAGAGAAUUACUCUGCUAAUCUCUCUCUCUCUCUCUCUACUCUACUGCUAAAGUAGCCAAAGCUUGAGAUUUCAAUUAGUCAACAUCUUUCCCUCUUUCUCUAUUUCUGAAGAAGCCAUAGCUCGAGAUUCCAAGUUCUUUCCUCUGUGAUGGGCUCCAGCUCUCUACGGUAUCCCAUUGCUGAACAAGCCAAGGCUUGAGAUUGCAAUCCCUCGAACUCCCUCUCUUUUUUCUUCGUUGCUGAAGAAGCCAAACUUCAGAUUCCAAUCCCCGCAACUACUAUUCCUCUUUCUGCCUUCAUCACUCCUCUAGCUGGCGUGCUUUGAGUUCUUAGCGGUAAGAGCAUUGGAGGGAGCAUAUUGGAUCGAUACGCUUACAUGGAUGGAAAUCUGAGGUAUCCUCGCGGUUUCUACCAGAUAAGCUAUGGUUUUAAUCUCCUGCGGAUUUUCUUCUGCUCCGAGGGAUUUGAGGAUCUGAAACUCCGAUGCCAGGGGUUCUAGCUCAGAAAUCAGGGUUUGUUUUGUGUUCAUCGUGGUUACCGUUAAUGGACAUUGAAGCUUCUUGCGUCACAUUAUUUUGUUGGAGUGAUCGGAGUUACUCCGUUGGCAACCUGCCCUCCUGUCCAACCGGGAAACUUUCGAGUUUGGGGGCUCUCACGGAUUUGACUCUGCUGAAUACUUUUAAUCUUUAGCAAAAACAUGUGCUCUAGAGUCUCCUGUAUUCUGGAGGUGAGGAGAAGGAUUUGAUCUUCUUUUCUGCAUCAGCAGAAGAGGAGGAAACCUCUGAAGCUAUUUCGAAAAUUCUGAACCUUCUCUUUUCUCCUAUUCUGAGUAAUUUUCCAUGAGCUAUCCCAAGCUCCCACCAAAAAUAUUUCUACUUCUUCUCCUACUUAUCACAACUCCAGUUAUUGCAGACUUGAAUGAUGACAAGCAAGCGCUCCUUGCUUUCGCUACUACUGUCCCACGUGGUAGAAAGCUCAACUGGAGUUCUGAUACAUCUGUUUGCUCUUCGUGGGUUGGAGUCAGCUGUACGCCCAACAGAAGCCGUGUUGUUGCUUUAAGGCUUCCAGGGAUCGGUCUCCUCGGACCAAUUCCUACAAAUACAAUAGGAAAACUCGACGCCCUUCAGGUUUUAAGCCUCCGCUCCAAUGGCCUUGCUUCCAGUAUCCCCCCAGAUGUCUCAUCACUUCCAUCUCUUCGCUCCCUCUUCCUUCAAAACAAUAAUUUGUCCGGUGAUUUACCCAAAUUAAAUGCAUCAGGAAUCACAUUUGUUGAUCUGUCUUUUAACUCGUUUAGUGGAGAAAUCCCCUUGGAGAUUCAGAAUUUGACCCAGCUAAAUUCAUUAUAUUUGCAGAACAAUUUUCUCUCUGGUCCUCUUCCUGAACUCAAGUCUGCAGGACUAAAGCAUCUAAAUUUAAGCUUUAACAACCUUAGUGGCCCUAUACCAAUCUCCCUCCAAAGGUUUCCCAAGGAAUCCUUCCUGGGAAAUUCAUUACUAUGUGGUCCUCCUUUAGAGCAAUGCCAUGAAGUUCCUCCUCCUUCCCCCUCACCCUCGCCCACAACCUCACCUUCACCGCCAUUAAGUCCAGAAGAACAUAAAAGUUUCUGGAAAAGGUUGAGUUUGAAGGUGGUGAUAGCAAUAGCUGCUGGCGUUCUGGCCUUGAUGCUGCUUGUGGUAAUUAUUCUCUUGACGUGCAUUUUGAUAAGAAAAUGUGCUGAAGGUAACAAACCGCCCAAGGAAAAGACCUUUAUUACUGGUGCGAGGAGUGAAAAGCCUGAAGAGGACUACAGCAUUGGGGUUCAAGAAGCUAAGCAGAAUAAGUUAGCUUUCUUUGGGGGAUUUUCUUAUACCUUUGAUUUAGAGGACUUGCUGAGAGCAUCUGCUGAAGUUCUCGGCAAGGGAAGCUAUGGGACGACAUAUAAGGCCGUUCUUGAGGACGGAACGGUAGUGGUGAUUAAAAGGCUGAAAGAAAUGGUGGUUGGGAAGCGAGAGUUUGAACAACAGAUGGAGAUAAUAGGUAGGAUUGGGCCACACCCAAAUGUUUCACCGCUCCGUGCUUAUUACUACUCAAAGGAUGAAAAGCUUAUUGUUUAUGAUUACGUUCCGAGCGGGAGUUUAUCAACCCUCUUACAUGGGCACAACAGAGGUGCUGAGAGGAUCCCACUGGACUGGGCCUCUCGAGUUAAAAUCGCACGGACAGCUGCACUCGGUAUAGCUCACCUUCAUGCCGAAGGCAAUGGAAGGUUUGUUCAUGGAAAUAUCAAAUCCUCUAACAUCCUCGUCACCCCGGAACGCCAAGCCUCCGUCAUCGACUUCGGCCUGGCCUCCAUCACUAGAACACCGGCUUCUUCUUCACGUGCUGUUGUCGGAUAUCGUGCUCCUGAAACCUUCCAAUCACGAAGAUUCACUCAGCAAUCGGAUAUCUAUAGCUUCGGAGUUCUACUCCUAGAGAUGUUAACCGGAAAAGCUCCACUUCAGUCCCCGGGGCGCGAUGAUAUUGCAGAUUUACCAAGAUGGGUUCAGUCUGUACUGAGAGAAGAAUGGACUGCUGAAGUUUUUGAUGUGGAGCUAAUGAAGUAUGAGAAUAUUGAAGAAGAGCUGGUUCAAAUGCUUCAGAUUGCUAUGGCCUGUGUUGCAAAAGUUCCAGAGCAACGCCCUAAGAUUCAUGAGGUGGUGAGAAUGAUUGAAGAAUCAAGUCUGUUUGACUCCGAGAACAGGCCAUCUUCAGAGGAGAAGAUUUGAAGAUUUUGAUUUCUGUGUAUCAUGAUAUGGAAAAUAGAGAUUUCUUUUUAUACUUCUCAACCACAAUUGGUUUCAUAUUAUUUGUUCAUUUUUUUGUGAAGGAUUCUGUGAAUGUAUUCAUGUUUGGUGAGGUUUUGUAAUAAAUGUUUUUAGUUGCCUCACCUUGUGGUGUUUGAGUUCAGCCUUACAUUUGUUUUAAGAGCUUUUGGUUUUGUUCAUAAACGAUUUUUAUAGUGAAUACAAUUGUAUUUUCUCUGACAUGAAUUGCAUUUAUGUUGUCAACAAUUUAGUAUGAACUGCUCUUUGCACAGCUCAGGUAUGUGUUUUCAUUAUGCUAGAAC